AGAGCUCUCCAGGGAGGAGGAAAGCACAAGUACAAAGGGAAGAGCUGGGGACAGGGGAGAGGUCCUCCCCGCCCCCACCCCGCCCCCACGCACAGGCACCCAGGCCUGGGGGAGGGUGCAGCCACUAGCCUAGGGAGGGGCAGGGUGUGUCAAAGGUGAUGGCAACAGAUGCUGGACCCAGGGAGCUCUCUACCCCAAGCCAGCCUGCUUGCCAACAGCUGGACUUGAUCACCAGCUUGCAAAGUGAGGUCAUGCAUCUGAGGGAGUAACUCGCAGACUUUGCUCUCCGGCCAUUCUUGGAGGAUUUUCUCAGCGGGGGCUGGAAAGCAGGAGACCACCACCUGGAGCCUUGAGCCUUCUUCAAGAAACAACAGCGUAAGAGAUUCCCGCCCUGGGUGGUUUGCAGGACGAUGCUGGCUCUUAGGCAAGCUUCUGCGUUCAGGGUUCUGUUGCUCACGGCCUUCCUGCCCCCGCUGCAGUGGGCCCAGGACCCGGCCAUGGUGCACUACAUCUACCAGCGUUUUCGAAUUCUGGAGCAAGGACUGCAAAAAUGUACCCAAGCAACAAGGGAAUACAUUCAAGAUUUCCAAGAGUUCUCGAAAAACAUAUCCGUUAUGCUGGGAAGAUGUCAGACCUACACAAGUGAGUAUAAGAGCGCAGUAGACAACCUGGCGCUGAGAGUGGAACGUGCCCAGCGGGAGAUUGACUACCUGGAGUACCUGCGGGAAGCUGACGCUUGCGUAGAAUCGGAGGACAAGAUGCUGGCAGAAAAGCUAGUCCAGGAAGCCGAAGAAGAGAAAAGGAUCCGGACGCUGCUGAAUGCAAGCUGUGACAACAUGCUGAUGGGCAUAAAGUCUCUGAAAAUAGUGAAAAAGACGAUGGACAUAGAUGGCUCUUGGAUGAAAGAUGCUGUCAGCGACUCUUCAAAGGUUUAUUUCUUAAUUGGAUCCAGAAACAACACUGUUUGGGAAUUUGCCAACAUACGGGCAUUCAUGGAGGACAGCACCAAGCCAGGCCCCCGGAAGUUGCUCCUAACACAUUCCUGGCAGGGAACAGGCCAAGUGGUCUACAAAGGUUUCCUAUUUUUUCACAGCCAAGGGACUCGCAAUGAGAUCAUCAAAUAUAACCUGCAAAAGAGAACCGUGGAAGAUCGAAUGCUGCUUUCAGGAGGGGCAGGGAGAGCCCUGGUCUACCAGCACUCCCCCUCGACUUUCAUCGACCUGGCUGUGGACGAGCACGGGCUCUGGGCCAUCCACUCAGGGCCAGGCAUCCAGAGCCAUUUGGUUCUCACAAAAAUUGAGCCUGACACGCUGGGAAUGGAGCACUCAUGGGACACUCCGUGCAGAAGCCAGGAUGCCGAAGCCGCAUUCCUCUUGUGUGGGGUCCUCUAUGUGGUCUACAGUUCGGGUGGCCACGGCCCGCAUCGCAUCGCCUGUGUUUAUGAUACACUGGGCACGGUCAGUGAGGAGAAUCUGCCCAACUUGUUCUUCCCCCGGCGGCUGAGAAGCCACUCCAUGAUCCAUUACAACCCCAGAGAUAAGCAGCUCUACGCCUGGAAUGAUGGAAACCAGAUCAUUUACAAACUCCAGACCAAGAGAAAGGAGCCUCUGGAGUGAUGCACUAUGGCCGGGAGGGAGGGUGCCGUGCCUGCUGCCCUCCAGGACACUGAGACCACAGCCCCUUUGCAAAAUAUAUCCCUCUAAUCACAUCCAGGGGUGCGGUCUGGAAGUGGGAAUACAGAUACAUCCUUUCCCAGAUGGUACUGCCAUGAGUGUCUUCCAAGAGCUUAGAUAACAGUCUGUCACUCAGGAAUUUUCAACAACUGCCAUUACCCAUCCAAACCUCCUGGCGCUCAAAGCCUUCCAUGCUCUGAUCCAGCUAACUUCCAGCCUUUUCUUGACUAACAUUUUCUCUAACCCUCACCAUCCCCACCCUCCCACUAGAAAGGUAGAGCACCUCCUAAUACUCCUGGCUUUUCUCUCGUCUGGCCUUUGUUCAAGCUUUUUCCUCUUUCACAAAUACUUGUUGAUAGUCUUUUCGUUCUUCACUGCCCAACUAAAAUACUAUUUCUUAUUGAUGUCUAAUCUCCAUUUCCCCUGGUUCUGCCCCUCCAACAGGCUAGGUGGGUGUAAUAAUAAAGUGAAAACAGUACCUUUAAAGACAACUUUCCAGUUACAAAGUGUCCGCCCGUACGUUACAUCUCCUUGCACCCUUAUGAGAUGCAGGACAAGUCUUUACAGAUGAGGAGGGUUCAGGUGAGCCAUUCAAAGUAAAAAAACUACAAAAAAUGAAAGACAGAGCUAGAGCUAGAAAGUACUGCAAAUCCCAUAGCUUUUCCAUUGUCCAAGGAAGCAGCAGAUGUAUAUGUUUGUUUACCCAACCCUUUAUAAGCAAUACAUUCAUCAUUUCAGCCUAAAAACAAUGGUCUAUCCCUUUAGCAAGUUUCAUGUCUGCACAAGACCUUCCUAUAGACCUUUCAACAGCUACUUCCUCCAGAAAACCAGCUGAAGAGUGAGGUCCCCACUUCUAGCCUCACCUUGCCUUACCAUCCCCUGCUUCUUCCUUCUUGCUUGAAAUACAAUAAAACUGACACUAAGCAAAUAAA